GAGUGGAGAGGAGGAGGACGCCAUUGCAGCCACAGCUGGCCGCCCGAGAUAAAUCUCAUACCAUCCCAAACUCUUUCCAUACUCACUGGCUUUGCCGUUUUCCUCUGGUUCGUCCCGCUUCUGUCGGGUCUCGAGGAAACACAAAAACAAGAUGGACGGUUCGUCUUCGCUGACAGUCGGAAUGUGGAGCCCCAGCGCCGAACAAAAGCAGACUUCCACAGUUGCCUCGCUAUCCAGUGGUCCAGUCUCUCACCAUGAACGCCAGUAGGAACUGCACCUCAGUGGGGAACGGCGAUGGUCUGGCAGUCCUGGAGUCGGUGUCCAUCUUGACCAUCACGCUACUGGCCUGCCUGGGGAACCUGCUGAUCGUGGCCACCCUCUACCGCAGGCCGUACCUGCUCACGCCCAGCAACAAGUUCGUGUUCAGCCUGACCCUGUCCAACCUGCUGCUGUCCGUGCUGGUGCUGCCGUUUGUGGCAGUGAGUUCAGCGAAGCGAGAGUGGGUCUUCGGGGUGGUGUGGUGCAAUUUCACCGCGCUGCUCUACCUGCUCAUCAGCUCGGCCAGCAUGCUGACCCUCGGAGCGAUCGCCAUCGACAGGUACUACGCCGUGCUCUACCCGAUGAUCUACCCCAUGAAGAUCACAGGCAACAGGGCGGUGGUCGUCAUCGUCUACGUGUGGCUACACUCGCUGGUGGGCUGCCUGCCCCCGUUGUUUGGCUGGUCCUCCUUCGAGUUUGACUGUUUAAAGCGGACAUGUGUCGCAGCCUGGUCCAGAGAGCCGAGUUACGCCGCCUUCUGGGUCACCUGGUGCAUCCUCCCGCCCUUCUUCAUCAUGUUGGCCUGCUAUGGAGUCAUUUUCCGCGUUGCUCGCAUGAAAGCCAGAAAAAUUCACUGUGGGACGGUUAUUGUAGCCCAAGACGACUCAUCUGGAACUCAGAGAAACGGACGCAAGAACUCAAGCACUUCAACUUCCUCUAACGGGAGCAGACGGAGCCUUGUGUACGCAGGGAGUCAGUGCAAGGCCUUCGUCACCAUCUUGGUGGUGAUCGGCACCUUUCUCAUAACUUGGGGGCCGUACGUUGGGGUGGUGUGUACAGAGGCCCUGUGGGGUCAGGGCAACGUCUCUCAGGAGCUGGAGACUCUGGUGGCGUGGCUCUCUUUCUGCAGCGCCGUGUGCCACCCGCUCAUUUAUGGCCUGUGGAAUAAAACGGUGAGGAAGGAGCUGCUGGGGAUGUGCUUUGGCGAUCGUUACUACAGAGAGUCAUUUGCCACAAGGCAGCGGACGUCCCGACUCUUCAGCAUCUCUAACAGGAUCACAGACUUGGGUAUGUCCCCGCACCUGACUGCAAUGCUGGCCGGAGGAGGACACCUGUUGGCCCAAGGAAGCAGCACAGGAGACACCGGCUUCAGCUUCACUCAGGACUCAGGCACCGACGUGAUGCUGCUGGAGAACUCCUGCACAGACGGCUCCUCCUUCCCCUCACAAAACGGGAAUCCAUCCGGGAAGAGGCGGAGUUCGGUCACCUUCGAAGACCAGGUGGAGCAUUCCAAAGCUGAAAACACGUCUUCGGCCCAAGUCCACGCAGAGACUCACAAAUCUCUCGACUCGUUCGCUUCCUGCUUGGCGAAGGCCAUCGAGAGCGACGCCAAGCUCACGCUGUUCGAGCAGAGUCUAGCGCCGCAGGGGGGAGGGCUCUUUGUGACGAGGGGGGCGCAGAAGCCCCGAUACCCGGACGGUCAGAGACUGAGGCUGGAGAGCAUCGAUGAAGGCAUCGUCAAGGACGACAGAGAAGAGGAGGAGGAGGAGAAGGAGAAGCUCAUCUAGUCGAAGGUUUUAGUGUGCCUUCGACUGCACACUAAAACCCUGUGGUACGGCUGAUGAAGUCUGGAUUCUCAGAAGUUAUUGGCAGACAGGAAGAGGCACUUUUUCACUCAAAGGAACACUGUCAGUGUCUGGGUGAAUUUAUCUAUCAUGUUUGUACUUUUAAUAGGAAUUUUGUACUACUGUAACCUUACAUGGUAAUAAUGUUUUGCUACACAUUUUUUUAUUAUAUAUUUUUAGUAUCUUAAUGUGCUGUGGUCAGUGUGAGUAAAAAAAGGAGAAAUUAUUGGAAAAAAAAAUCUAGUAACCUUUCACCUCAGAUUCAAUCUGCUACAGUUUCUCUCAUGCAGAUGUUUACGGUCCAAUAAGGUUCUGUUGCAGUAAAGCUUCUUGACCCAGUUUUAGGUUUUCUGUGCUUGAUGACCUAAAGGAUUACCAGCAAAGGUAACCUGAUCAGCACUGACUGGAUAAACUAUUAUUUUUAUGAUGCUUCUAAGCCUUGGGAAUAUAAAUGUAUUUUUUUUUUCAGGUUUGAUCAGUAUCAAAAAAAGUAAUGUAUUGAUUCGAAAUAUUUUAGUCAUGCGUAUUUUUUCUAAAGACCAAAAUGAAAUCCUUAUUCUGACUUCAGGAUAAAAUAGUCAUGAAUAAAUUUCAUUUUUAUGUCAACUUGGCUACUUAAAAAAACAAACUUUUCAGUCAGGCUUAAAGCAUAUGCAUGAAUUCACCAAUCAGGCAUAAACUCCUUAUUGCCCUCCUGACCUCUAUAGAUUUGACUUGUUUGUCCAGUUUAACAUGAUUGCAUUGAGAUCUGGGGACAUGGAGUCCAAGUAAACCUUAAAGUGAUUCCUCAAACCAUUCCUGAAUCAUUUUACCAUUUUGUGUCAGGGUGCAUUAUUCAGGGAAUAUUUCCUCCACCCUUCUUGAUCUGCAGAUUAUUAUGCAACCCAUCUGUAGCAGCUGUGAUCUCUGGUAAACCACGGUUUUUUCGCCAGGCCUCUUUUGAUGGACACUUGGUAAUAAUAUGACCCAGUUUUGUAGCCAUCACAAUUCAGUUCUCAUCAGACUAUCAAAGGCUGAGUGUUUCCUGUUUUUCUGCUCUUAACACACCAGCUUUGAGGAAAAAUUCACUUGUUGCCUUACUUACCCCACCAUUUCUUCUUUACUUUUUUCAGUUUUACGCAGAAUUUCAACAUAGUCUCAUAAAAUAGACCUUAUGUUAGGCUUAUAAAAACCUGAACCGGACAUAUAAAUGUGCAGAUUUAUCUUAAAUGUUGAAAAUCACCCCAAGAAUCAGAAAGAGGAUUUUUGAAAAGCCUGAAACUUUAAACAUAAGAAAUAUGUAAAAAUUGUAUUAAAUUCAAUACAAAACCUUUAAAUAUAUUUGCUUCAUCUUGUUCAUAUUUAUGACUUGGACUUCAGUUACAGUAAAUGCAGUUUAAUAUCAGGCCACUUCAGACCAAACUAAGGCUGUAAAAGUUCCAGUUACAUCAUAUUGUUUUUUAUUUAUAGACAAAUAAUCCAAAAUUAAAUCACAGCUAAAAAAUAGUCAGUUUCAUUAAAAAAAUGUCUCUAUAUGGUUCAGUUUCAGGGUUUUUUAGUCCAUUCAGACUCAGAUUCAGCAUGAGGACUUGCUGUUGUAGCAAGUCCUCAUGCCUCCCUUUACAUUAGAGAAGGAAACUGAUGCAGUUCAGCAGCAGAGCAGACACAGAGGUACUAAAAAAUAGUCUCUAGUCAGUCCUUAAACUGAUUGCUGUAGCAAAUAUUUCAGAAAUUAAUUAUACUGAACUGAUGGUUCACAGUCAGCUUACAGAAAUGUUUUCAGAGGUACAUGUAGCUUAUCCAUUUCUACACUCUUAGUUGUAUUGAAGAACCUCGGCUUAUUUAUGAAACUCGUAUUAUAAUGUUAUUCCCUCAGCGAAGACAUGCCUGGAGUGUAUUUAUGAAAUUCACUUUUACUUUGUAUGUUUUCUUAUUUUAUUAACUGGUACUUUUGUAAUAGGAAAAAAAACUACACACGAGAAGUGAUAUAAUCUUCAUUGAGGUUCAUUUCAUUUUCUAUUGUAACUAUGGAUAAAGAUAUUUGUAUUAAACCUUUAUACCAUCAAACAUG